GUUCCUUCCGUCCGACGCUGCGUGGAGCUGCUUCUCCGGCCGAACACGAACUGCUAGCAAACCAGGAGACAAAAGCAACAAAGUGAAGCCCCCUCCGGAUCAAUCAAAUGUGUCAUAUUUAACCGUUUACGAACCGAAUCCCUUCGAUCCCACCCUCAGAGUGAACAGUUGUGUAAAAAGAAGUGGAAAUAAGUUAUAAAUGGACAAGCAGGCACUCAGGGUUAAUGGAAGCAACACACUUAAUACCACACCUGCUUGAGAAGCACCUUAUCAAUGACUACACCUUAAAUAAAGUGACUACACGCAAACCUGACUGAUUUACAGAAACCACUGGGCUGCCAACAUGGAUGGGGAGGAGGAUAUUCCUCAUCUAAGUGAGGAUUUGUUCAGUGAAUGUGACAGUUCUGCAGAAAGUAAAAAAAGAGAGGCGAAAGGGACCUGCUUAAAAAUUGAGGGGCAGGAGGGUUAUGUGUUAAAAUCCUACAGCAUUCAUCCUCACGAUCUCGCGGAUGCAAAGUCGCCAAGUUGCUCAUCAACACUGGAUAAAGAUUCCCUCCCUACUUUCCAUUUAUCUUCUCAGGUAGACAAGCAGUUGGAGUUAGAGAAAGUAUGUGACAUUGAUCCAUCGUCCCCCACUGGUGAAGGACAUAUAGAGAUAGAGAAGUACGCAAACGGCAGUGAACUGAGUGGAAACAUUAAAGACCAUAUCGGGGAUGCAAAUGGAAUGGAAGAGGAAAUGCAAGAUGAUGAAAGGCUAGCAUUUGGUAGCUCCAUUGGCCCUUUUCUAACUCGAGACUGUGAUGACUAUAAUAAUUUAUUAAGUGGAUACACAAGCACCCUUUAUGAUGUUGCCAUGGACGCCGUUACUCAGAGUCUUUUGUCAUCUAUGAGGGGUCACGGCAACCCGAGGAAAAAAUCUCCUGCAUGGAAUCAUUUCUGCACAUCGCCACGGGACAAUACCAAAGCAAUCUGUUUAUACUGCAUGAAAGAGUUCAGUCGGGGCAAGAACGAAAAAGACCUCAGCACAAGUUGUUUGAUGAGGCACGUACGAAGGGCUCACCCCACUGUGCUUUUACAAGACGGCGCAGAUGCAUCCUUAGCCAACCUGCCUCUGUCUUUUCCCUCAUCGAUGAUACCUCCCUCUCCAAGCUCGCCAAAAAACGGAGACUUAACCAACAGCAUUCUUACUCCUGCCUCAAAGAACACGUCACCGUCCACAUCCUCAGCUGAAAAUUCAAGCCCGUCAUCCAAAGAAGUGCUGCCCAAAGUCGAACCAAAACUAGAACAGUUUACCAAUGUUGACGCUGUUAGUAGCAUUCUUCCAUCCAUACAUUCCAGCGAAAAUAAUGUUGAAGAUUUAUUAGACGGAGGGCCCGAGCGCCUUCCAGGAACCCCAAAAGGCUCCAGUUCCCGUCGCAGGUCAGCCGUAUGGAAGCAUUUCUACCUGUCACCUGCAGACAGUUCCAAAGCUGUGUGUAUCCACUGCAUGAAUGAAUUUAGUAGGGGUAAAAAUGGAAAGGAUCUCGGAACAAGCUGUCUCAUUCGCCACAUGUGGAGAGCCCACAAAGAGGUUGUGAUCGAGGAAAACGGACAGGGCAACCACAUUCCGCCACCCUAUACAAACCCACCAUCGUUUCUGCCCCGAACACAGCUACAGGAUGGGCUGGAAAUUAAGAAAGAGUCGCCUCUUCUUAUCACCUCACCAGAGACCAUAUCAGAUGAACUACCCCAAAGCAUGGAGGAGAGCAUGGAAUUUAAGGAGGAGAGUGAAGAGGUUAUGCAUCUCUCAGGGCAGGAUUCCUCUCUUAACCUCUCCUUUAAAACUCAGGGGGAUGAUACACCACUGACUUCCUCACCAUGCGACCUCUCUGAAGGCCCCAGCCUCAGUCAGGAUCAUUUAGUUUUCCAACAGAAUAAGAAGAUUAUGAAACGAGUUAAAUCUGAAGUGUGGCACCAUUUCAUAGUGUCACCAGUUGACCAAUUAAAAGCACUGUGUCGUUACUGUCCGUGUGUCAUUAGUCGGGGCAAGAGGGGCGAUUUUGGCACCAGCUGCCUGAUGAGGCAUCUCAUGAGGCGUCACCCGGAUGUUCUCAAAAACCAAAAAAGCACAGACGAGAAGGAAUCGUCUCCUCAUCCCUACGCCAUCCUCACCUCAACAGAUCCAGUUUCAGCCAAAGAAACUGACAGCUCCGGCACUGAGAAAAAAAUGCAAACCAUGCCGGUUUUCAGCAAAAAGACAUCAAAACUGUGGAACCAUUUCUCCAUUUCUGACACCGAUCCCACCAAGGUGAUUUGUUUGCACUGUAGCCGCACAAUUAGCAGAGGCAAAAAGACUACGAACCUCGGCACGAGCUGCCUCUUCAGGCACAUGCAGAGGUUCCAUGGACAUUUUCUUGACAGUAACAGUACUAUCUCAGGUGAUGUGCCGUCUGCUGAAAUUCACGUUAAACAAGAGGCAAUGGAAGCCUUGAUUUAUCAGCCAGAGGAAAACUGUGAGAGGUUUGAUGAACACCAUCCUGUUGCCAAAAAAAUCACCAGGCUUAUUGCGGAAAUGCUCGCAUUGGAUCUUCAGCCAUCAGCUAUGAUAGAGAAUGCUGGACUUAACAGACUGUUAGAGUUCCUCCAGCCUCAGUAUUCUCUACCACCUUCUUCUUAUUUUACCAGCACUGCCAUACCAGAAAUGUAUGAAAGGGUGAAGGAUGUUGUGCUGACCCACCUAAAAGAGGCUGAAGGUGGCGUUGUCCACUUCACAACAAGUAUUUGGGUCAACAGCCAGACAAGAGAAUAUUUGACCCUUACCGCCCAUUGGGCAACAUACGAGUCAAGUGUCCGACCUCAAAGUCAAGACUUCCACUGUUCUGCUCUCCUAAGUGUCUCAAGAAUAGAUUGUGAUCAAGAUAUGCACAACAUCCCAAAGCAGCUUGAGUACCUGUGGGACUCUUGGAUCACCUCAUCGGGUCUGAAAAAGGGGUUUACUGUAACGGAUAACGCUACCAUCAAAAAUACCUUGGAGGAGCAUGGCCAUGUUACCGUGCAGUGUUUUGGACACACUAUAGACCUCAUUGUAAGCGAAGCCAUAAAAAGCCAGAGAAUGGUUCAGAACCUUCUGAGCAUAGCACGAAAGAUCUGCGAACGAGUGCACCGUUCGGCAAAGGCAAAAGAAAAGCUGGCCGAGCUUCAGAAGGUUCACCAGCUGCCAGAAAACCAGCUGAUCCAGGACGUUCCAUCCAAGUGGAGGACAUCGUUUUUCAUGCUGGAACGCCUGGUGGAGCAGAAGAUAGCCAUCGACGAGAUGUCGAUAGAGUGCAAUUUCAGGGAAAUUAUCAGCUGUGACCAGUGGGAGGUAAUGCUGUCAGUCUGCAAUGCACUGAAACCCUUUGAGGUGGCCUGCAGGGAGCUGAGUAACCGCACUGCUACCCUGGGACAAGUCAUACCGCUUAUUCACAUCCUGAACAGGAAAAUAGAUCUUCUGUUUGAUGAGACUGUUGGCAUAGACACUAUGCUGAUGUAUUUAAAGGAAGCGAUGGCAAGCAAGAUGUCUGCCACUCUGCACGACCCACGUUACACUUGGGCCACCAUGUUGGACCCUAGAUAUAAAACAUCAUUGUUCACAGAGGAAGAAGCCGAGCGUUGCAAACAAGAUCUGAUCCAGGAGCUGGAUUUGUCCUCUUCUACCUCAGGUUCAGUUAACUCUCUCCUGGCCAACGGCUGCAUUGAGGACCCAGUUUCAUCCAGCACCUCCUACUCAACCAGGGACAAUCUCUGGUCCUUGAUGCCUGAAAUCAGGCAAAACACAAAACACGAGGAUAAGACAAAGUCCUCAGAACUGGCAGUGCUGGAGUACUUGGAGGAAGACAUUUUAGAUCAAAGCUGUGACCCCCUUGACUACUGGAACCUGAAAAAGUUCCUUUGGCCCGAUCUAGCCAAAGUAGCAGCCCGUUACGUUGGCUGUCCUCCCAGCAUCGUCCCGGCAGAGACACUGUUCAGCACAGCUAGUGUCAACUGUGCUCUAAACCAGCCUAGGCCCUUGCUGGACAACAUAGAGGGGUUGCUGUUCCUUAAGGUCAACCUCCCUUUGAUCUAUUUUCAGUACUGAACAUUGGUGAGCAUUAACUUGAAAACUGUUCUAUCAAGGACCAAGUUGCAUAGCUGUGAAAUGGGUAGUGUUGUGUGGAGCUAAUUGUAAGAUAGGGAUUUAUACACUGAUUCUUAAUGCAAAGGCCAGAUUGAGGGUUCCUUGUAUUGUGUACUACUGUUAAAACACUUGGAGCUGUUGUGAUGAAAUGUCUCAGAAGUGUAUCAGGGAGGGAGGGGUUAUUUUUUUAGCUGUAGGGGGUUGGUAAUGAUGUUUGCUUGUAACCUUCUUUUGUUUUUGUGUUCGUCUACCCUCUCCUUGUGCCUUAACCAAAACUACUUCAGGUCAAAAUGCUGUAAAUAUCAUAGAAAUUGUGCAGAUCUCAUCAGGAUCCGUUUAGAUUUUUUUUUUAUGAAUUAAAAGAUAGAUGCAAAGAUCUUUUUUUUUAAAAAAUAAAAACAUGGCCCAAAAAUAAAUGCUGUGACUGAAAGAUGUUUUAAGUUAAUGCUAUUUAAUUUUUCUUUGUAAAUUUGCGGCUCACGGUACUGUCACUUAGAAAUAGUCCUUUUUAUUUUUACUCGAGAUGUUUUUAAUGAGAUGUAUAAUAUUGCUGUAUUUUCAGAAUAAGGUGGGUUCUUUGGAAUAUACCAGUUGUCUCUUAAGCACAAUUUACGUUUAUUUCCAGGGGGUUAAAUUAUGGGUUUAUUAUUGAUUAAUAACAGUGUACUGUACAUUUUUAUAUUACAUGACUUCUGAACCUAAUUUGAUAAACGUUUUAGCAUUCAGACUGGAAACAUCCAAAUUUUGUGGUCAUUUGUAAAUAAAGGUUUACCUUGAACAGUG